AAUUAUUAAAAGCCUUAGGAAUAAAUAUCUUAAAAGGUCAUCCAAACUUUCUCACAAGUAAUAUCACAAUACCAGAGCUAGAGAAUUGUCAUGAAUGUAAUAAAGAAAUUUUGUUAAAUCCACUCAAAGCAUUUACCAUACUCGUGUGUAGUCAUAUACUUCAUCAUAACUGUCUUGAAAAAAGUAAUAGAGAUAAGCAAAAAACUUGUCCUAUUUGUUUUGUAGAUAAUGAAGGAAUGGCAUCAGCUGAAGUUCAGAACGAAGAUAUGUCAGAAGCAGUAGAAGAUGAAGGUGAAGAAACCUCUAAUCUAACAGAGACAAUAAGUAAGUUAUCCGUAGAUAGUGGUAAAACUAUCUCACAAAGUGAAACAAAAUCCAUAGAACCUGAUAAAGUACAAGGUUUAAUAAAAGAACUAUCUAUGCCAAGUGAGCUAAUUGAUGAUAAUGAUAGAGGAAAUAAGAGCAAAGAAUCAAAACCAAUAACUUUACUCCAGUUAUACUAUAAUGCAAACCGAGCAAAAAAACGUGUAACCUGUGCCUAUCAAGAAGAAAUAAGAUGCUGGUAUCUGUUUGCUAAAAAAUUUAAAGAAAGAGUUAAAGAAAUAAAAAAUGAUAACAGUAGGUACAAUGACCAACAAGCUAGAGGGUUAGUAUAUAGCGAAGUCACAACCAAUCUUCUGGGAUUUACAAGAGAUAGUUUGUAUAAAAAAACUGCAAAGGCUAGAAAUAUCUACAAGUUGUUUGGAGAAA